CCAGUUGUUGCCCUUACUGCAAUGGCGGCGGCGUUGACGUGUUAGUGUAGGUGAUUGCGCAUGCAUGGAUUUUGCAAUAUCUGGCAACAACUAUCUGUAGUCCAGUCACAACAAUAGUGCGGCGGCCGCGCGAGUCAGGGCUCUGUGUCUGGAUGUGUUGGAACCCUGUUUGGGGGUGAUACAGGCGAGAUCCGGGGAAGUUCCAAAAGAGAUCCAAGUGGAGAUCAGGAGAAGAACCUGGGUAGAUCUAGAGAAGAUCCAGUGGAGAUCCAGUGGAGGUCCAGAGGAGAUCCUGGGAAGCCUAAGCGCGACAGUAACCAUGCCCAUGUCAGUGAGUAAAGCGUGCCGGAGUCUUGCGCUCUCCACCUGGCUGCUGUCUUUCUGCUUCGUGCACUUGCUGUGUCUGGACUUUACCGUGGCCGAGAAGGAGGAGUGGUACACCGCGUUCGUGAACAUCAGCUACCAGGACCCGGCCACCUCCGAGCCGAAGACGGAGAAAUCAGAGAGCGGCCGCUAUGGUGAGCAAUCGCCCAAAAGAGAGGCCCGGGGCCCGGUGUUCAUCCCGCUGCCCGGUCACGACCGGCUGGCCUGCGACUCCAGCACCAGGUUCCCCUCACCGCAGGCUGCACACGGGCCCUGGAUCGCGCUCAUAGCCAAAGGCAACUGCACUUACCGAGAGAAAAUCCGCCACGCAGCCAGUCUCAACGCCUCCGCCGUGGUCAUCUAUAACGUGGGGUCGAGUAACCCCAAUGAGACAAUCACCAUGCCUCACCAAGGAACAGGAGACGUGGUGGCCAUCAUGAUCCCCGAGCCGAAAGGGCGAGAGAUUGUUGCCUUGCUGGAGAAGAACGUGAGCGUGAUCAUGCACAUCACCAUCGGCACUCGCAACCUGCAGAAGUACGUGAGCCGAACCUCGGUCGUGUUCGUCUCCAUCUCCUUCAUCGUGCUCAUGAUUAUCUCACUGGCGUGGCUCGUCUUCUACUACAUCCAGCGCUUCCGAUAUGCCAACGCACGCGAUCGCAACCAGAGGCGACUGGGAGAUGCUGCAAAGAAAGCCAUAAGCAAGCUCCAAGUGCGCACCAUCAAGAAAGGGGACAAGGAAACGGAGUCAGAGUUUGACAACUGCGCCGUGUGCAUUGAGGGCUACAAGGCCAACGAUGUCGUAAGGAUACUGCCGUGUCGACAUGUAUUUCAUAAGAACUGCGUGGACCCUUGGCUGCAGGACCACAGAACCUGUCCAAUGUGCAAGAUGAACAUCCUUAAAGCUCUUGGCAUCCCGGCGAACGCAGACUGCUCUGAUGACGUCCCUCCUGACUACGAGCUGUCUGUCGGCAGCCCUCCCACCAACCCUGGAACCGGGGGCAGCGACGUUACCGUGAGCGAGAGCUCUAUGGCCCUGGACCGCCUGCCACACCUUCACCACGAGCCCGAGUCUCUUUCACAGUUUGAAGUGGGACCUCGUAUCGCCAGCAGUGAGCACCAGCCUCCUCUGAGCAGUGAUUCGGACACGUCAUUCAUCCUGCCAGUAGAAAUCAGCCUGUCUGAUGUUGAGCUUUCUGCUGAAGCUGAACAAGAAGAGGCCAAAUCCUGAGUGCCUGAGUUGCACAGCCCUGGCUACAACCGAGGCACAGCUUUAGAGGGAGCUCCUAUGGAGCUAAAUAUGGACCAGGACCAGAAUGUAGGGAGGGGGAAAAAGAAGGAAAAAAGAACAAUAAGCAAUACUUUCUCCCCUAUGGCCUCAUUGAGUCACAAAAUAAGGUCUUUUUUUUUUUUUUUUCUCUCUCGCUCUCUCUGGUCACACCAGGUCGUUCUUGAUGUCUCUAUUUUAUCGGUUUGCAUUCGGGUGGAAAAAAAAAAGCACAUCGAGUUUCAAGAUACCAGAUUCGACAGUUUGGAAAUUCUGCCUUUUUAAAUCUUCUUGUGGGAUCACUGCCAAUAUACACAGAUAUAUAUAUAUCUAAUUUAUAUAUAUACAUAUAUACACAAAUGUGUAUAGCUGUGACCAGCCUGCUGCGUUUAAUGUCUGAAGCAGUCCGAGUGCAGUUCAUUCAACUUAAAAAAACAAAAAAAAAAACAAGGGAAACAUUGUGUCGUGUCUCAAGUGUUCUCUUGAGAAGUCACUAGUGCUCGCCUUUCUAGCGUCUUUUUCAAAUCUGCACCAAACAACGCUUUUGCCGUCCGAGUUUUGAGAAAUCCCCAAGCACAAUCCACAUCAGUCGUCUUUUUAUGAUGUGAGAGAGAAACAUCGAAUAUUCCAGAAAUCUCGUUUGUUUUUGUUUUUUUGUUUUAAUGUCGGGUUUGCCGGCCGAACAUACGAUUUACGAUCCGUCCACAUUCCGCAAAACAAAUGUGAACUUCGCCUGUAGGGGUCGUGUCUUCUGAAGUGCCACUCGAGCUCAUAAAGCUGAGUUCUCCCUGCGUUCAUCCUGUCAUGCCAUACAAACAAGGGCAGGUCUUUACUCGGCAUGAGGAUGAGCAGCGAUCACGUCGAAUGUUUCAUUCUUUCCUUUUUUUUUUCCUUUUUUUUUUCUAUAUAACGCCUAAGGAUUUCAGUACGAGCAUUACACCGAGUUGUCUAAUGCUUCAUUCCAAAGCAGCAGUAAGUCUCACUUCGUCCUCCCAGAGGUUCUGAUCAGAGCCAUCGGCCAAAUAUUGUAACCAAGUUCUAACUUUUUGAUAUGCGAGCGCUCCGAUUGAAAUGAUUGUCACGAGGCUUUUUUUUUUUUUUUUUUAAUUGCACAUUGCGAACAGGAGAGCAAAAGUCUACCGAACGACUUUUAUUUUAAUAUCAAAGUUUUAUUUUUCUAAAUAGAAAAAAAUAAAUAAUCAAAGAAACAAACAGGCCCUGUUUACACGAUAUAUAGGGGUUCGUGAAAUAGCGAAAUCAGUCUCCCGUUUUUUUUUUUUUUUCCUUCCCACUCACAUUUCAUUUUAUCAUCCAAAGAGUAAAGCGUUAUUUAUUACGUGUGUAUGUUUAUAAUUAAUUUGCUCUAAAUCUGUAUUCAUUUCCUUCUUUUUCUCCACAGUAGGCGUUUUAAUCGUCUUCAUUCCAGCAUUCACACCAACAAGCAUGCCAGUGUUUGUUGUUUUCAAGAAAUCAACAGUCCCCCCAAUGCACAUCAGUGUGUUUACUAACCCUGACCUAAUCGAACAGUUCAUAUCUCCCCCACCCCCCCCACCCCCCAAAAAACUUUCAAUAAAACCACUGAUACACAGUAUUGCCAAAAGUUUGCGGACACCUGGUCAUAAGUUUGGUGUGUGAUUUUUGAGCGUCACAUUCCAAUGUCGCGAUUAGCUUUUAUAAUUCGGUCCACUCUUCUGGGAAGAUCUUCCACUAGGUUUUAGAGUGUGCUUGUGGACAUUUGUGUACAUUGUGCUUAAAGGCAGGUACUGAUGUAGGUGAGGUGUGGAGGACUGGGGUGCAGUCAGUGUUCCAAUUCAUCCCAAAGGCGCUCAGUAGCGUUGCCGUCAGAGCUGUAUAGCAGGAGAUCUUCCAUUCCAACCUAUGUAAAGCAGAUCUUCAUGGAGCUGGCUUUGUGGACAGGGCCGUUGUCAUGUUGGAAUGUAUUUAGGUCUUCUAGUUCAAGUAGAGGGAAAAUUUCAUACUAGACAGUUUUGUGCUAUAAGAAGUACAUAUAACUGGAAAAGUCAGGUGUCCCAAUACUUUUGUCCGUAUAGUGUAUCUCUCAGCACAAAAGUUUUCUAAGGCAGUUUUCAGGUUAGACAGAGUAACUAGAGGAUGAUGUUAAAAGGAUCAUUCCAACCAAAAAAAAGCUUGUAUUGAGUUUAAUAUUCAGCCGUCACUCAAUAAGCACAAGGUAUUGUAAUAUGUUACAUGACACUCAUUUUGGAUUUGCCCUCCUUUUUAAAUAUCACUAUUUCUCUUUAAGUGUAGGAGCUUUUCCCUCCGUGUCUUUAAGUGUCCUAUUAUACGAUUGAGUUACUGUUACUAUGUUAGUAUGUUAAUGUUGGUGCUCGUUGUUGUAACCGAUCAUGGAAAAGAAGCUUUUUCGCCGACCCUCACACAGCUCUGUGAUCCGGAGUCCGGAGUUUGGAGUCUUAGAUCAGGUUAUGCAAUCACACACAGUUUCCAAACUGAUCACCAAAUCCUCUUUAGCCUGACACGAGGCUUCCCGUGGGUGCAGGUUCAGAAAAACAGCCCUUGUGAGCCAGUAAAGGGGUCAGUGUUGAAUGAAAUGCUAAAAGAUUGUAGCCUCUACCUGUGCAUGCUUUAUUUUGUGUGUUUGUUUCGUGUGUACUCCAUUUCCUGGCACACGCCGGUGCUCGAAUGUUGGUUCAAUUUCAAUCCUUAAUAGAAACUAUUUCAAUUUUUUCAAUAAUGAGAUUGCAAAAGUUACUGAUACACAGCAGGUGUCGUUCACUUGUUUUAUGAUAAUGGAGGAACAUAACGGAUCCCGGAGAUGGUACAACAGCACAUUUUCUUUUUUUUUUAUUAUGUGAUAAUACCCCUGAUUUUUCAAUCUGAGCCAAAAAAUGACUGCUACAUCCAAAUACACUACACAAUUUUACUUUCGCUGAACUUUCUCUCAAACAACAAAGGGUUAAAGGGUGCGUUAUACUUGUCACAUGUACUUUACAGCACAGUGAAAUUCUUUCUUUGCAUGUCCCAGCGAUGUUAAGAGGCUUGGGUCAGACAUGUUACAGCGUCCCUGGAGCACGGAGGGUUAAGGGCCAUGCUCAAGGGUCCCAAGAAUGGCAGCUUGGCGAUACCAAGGCUUGAACCCCUCACUUUCCGAUCAGUAACCCAGAGCCUUAACCCCAGAGCUACCACUUCCCCAGUAACAAGAUGUGAGAACUAUGAUGACUUUGUGACAUUUGUCUAUAGUUUGUACUGAAACUAAAGGAAAAUGUGGAGGAAGUAUUGGUGAGCUAUUUCGAUACCAUGCACGGUUUGUUUGCCCUUGAUAACAACGAUUUGACGGCAUGCUGUACAAUUUCUUCUAGAAAAAAGUGUGCUCGUAAUAUCCCCCUGCACUCUUACAUAACUAGACAUGACCAACUGGAUUCGGUGAUCUGUGCAUGAAAUCAUACAUCAUUCAUAUCCUUUUAGAUCCUCGCCAGACUGUUUUUCAUUGUUUUACAUGCAACUAGAUGUAGAAGCUUUUCACACUACUCAACCCAUGAACGAAAAAAAUCUUGAACGUGCUUGAAAAUAUUAGCACCCAGAUGAAAGGUCACUGUAAUGAACCCAUGACUGGUCUAUCAGGCUAGUGUGUACUGGUCUUAAAUAUUGAACGCACUCACCUCUGAAAACGCUCUAAAUUGUCCAGUAGCACAAAUCAGCCAAUGCAGAAUCUACCAUAGACCAAACGCUUUGAGAUUUUUAUGAUGUUUGAUGAUGUAAUUGUCUUGUUCGCAUUGCUCUCUUUCAGUUCGUUCCUUAAACACGUUUCAUGUGGAAAGUGUGUGAACAUGAUUUCAAAUCCAACCACCACCAUUAAGCUGCCACUGCUGGUUCCCUGAGCAAAGGCCCUCAACCCUCAACUGCAUAGUUGUAUGAAUGAAAUAAUCGUAAGAAGCUCUGGCUUAAGAGAGUCAACGUUGAUGCAGUAAACGUUCACGCGAUUGAUUUUACCGAUACAUUUUCAUUUUCAGAUUGAUAAAUUAGGCCCAAUUAGAGUGUAAGCAACAGUGUGUUGUUCUACCAUUGGUUCCUUUUCCUCACUUACACUACCAUGUCCUCUUCAUUUCUCCAUCAUCAUCAAUAUCAUCAUGGUUAAUCAUUUCAGUUCGCUUUGUGUGCACACCCUUUCACAAAAGCACUUUAUCUCCAUAAUGGAGAGACGCAAACAUCAAACACAAGUCGCCCCUGAUUGAAAACUCAGCAGGGUGAUCGCCCAUCCUGUAGCAGUUACUCUAGGGCUACCAGUUUGCGUUUAGCACACAUUUAGGAGAUUUUUUUUAAUCAAAAAUACAAUCAGUCAUAUGUUUAUUCUCCUUUCGAAUGACCAUGGGUUUUAAAGACAACGACUGUAAACUUAUAUACUGUAUUCAGUGGAGUUCAGCAGUAUUGCUAUUUUGUUAUAUACAGGACAAUGUAAAUAUAUUCAGCCGUCUCGGUAUACUGUUCUAGUACAAUGUUGCACGUGUUUGAGUCUUUGAUUGUGAGGUACAAUAAAUUUUACUGCAAUUUC